UGCAGCUCCUCGUAGCAGGAAAAUGUCUCUUAAACGUAACCGAAAAGUAGUACAUGAAGUUAAAUUUCCGGCGUAGAGUUUGCUUUACAACUUCAGAUUGUGUUUAUAAUGGCUUCAGAACGUUAUAGUUUUUCAUUAACAACUUUUAGUCCAUCAGGAAAAUUAGUUCAAAUUGAAUAUGCGUUGGCAUCUGUUGCUGCUGGAGCUCCUUCAGUUGGAAUAAAAGCAUCAAAUGGUGUAGUUCUUGCAACUGAAAAAAACUAUAAAUCUGUUUUGUAUGAAGAACAUAGCAUUCAUAAAGUAGAAAUGGUAACAGAUCAUAUUGGAAUGGUGUACAGUGGCAUGGGUCCAGACUAUAGAUUGUUGGUGAGACGAGCCCGCAAAUUAGCACAGCAAUAUUAUCUGAGAUAUGGAGAACCCAUUCCAACUAGCCAAUUGGUUCAGAGAGUAGCUUAUAUAAUGCAAGAAUACACUCAGUCGGGAGGUGUACGUCCUUUUGGAGUGUCUCUUCUCAUUGCUGGUUGGGAUAGCAGUAGGCCCUAUCUUUUCCAGUGUGAUCCAUCUGGUGCAUACUUUGCUUGGAAAGCUACUGCUAUGGGGAAGAACCAUGUAAAUGGAAAAGCUUUCUUAGAGAAAAGGUACAGUGAAGAAUUAGAAUUAGAAGAUGCUAUUCAUACUGCCAUAUUAACUUUGAAAGAAGGUUUUGAAGGGCAAAUGACUGCUGAUAACAUUGAAAUUGGCAUCUGUAAUGAAAAUGGUUUUAAGCGCCUUCUACCUGCUGAAGUUAAAGACUAUUUAGCAACCAUAAAUUAACUGUCAUGUUGUUUCAACAUUUAUGUAUGUAUAAUACAUUUUUUCAAAUGUUAAAAUAAUUUUUUUUUUUUAUACAUACAGUGUCUAAGACUCUAUUUUUAAUUAUAUUUGAGCUUAUGUGGCAUUACCUUUCCCAAACUGCAUUUUGCUGCUUAUGAAAAAUGCUGCUCUCCUUGAUAAUAUCUAAUUUGCUGUGCCAGAGUUUUAGAAAGAAUUUAUCUUAAUCCAUAUAUGUUAAAUAAAUUUUUAUAGAUA